CAGGGGUGAGGAGCACUGCAGUAACAUAUCUCAAUCCAGUUAAUAGCCAGCUUGCUGACAGAGGAAACAUUUCUGACUCAGUGGUCAUGUUGAGUAUCGUGAUCUUCUGCUGGUUGAGUCUCAGCGCCCUCCGGGUGGCAUCGGGUCUGGUCCGCACUAACCGUAUGGAGGUUUCGCAUCCCAGUCUGAGGAGGACAGAUGCCUUGUUUUUCCCUGACAUCACCGUGCAAGAUUCAGGUCCUGCAGUGGACGCAGUACAACUUCGAAUCGAUUCAGUCGAGGAACAGCUGAUGGUCGAUCCUGUGUCCUAUGAUGAAUACCCGCAGGACACGGCGGAUGCAGUACAGCUCCAGAGGAGGGGCACACGUUCACCAGGUCGCUGUAUUCCACAUCAACAGUCGUGUCUGGGCCACCAGCUGCCCUGCUGCGACUCGUGCGAUACCUGCUACUGCCGCUUCUUUAAGGCCUUCUGUUACUGCCGCAGUAUGGACCACUCCUGCAAACACAGGCGUGCCUAGCACUCAAAAGCCUGGCCCUGUAGGAGGUUGGGUUGAACAUGAUAUGUGGCUGUGAAUAUAAAACCAUGUGCCAAUACACAUUUGUUAAAAUGCACUAGAAUCUAUGAUGGUAGCGCUUUACAUUAAAGUGCCCUAAACUAUGGGAACAUUGAACAAACCAUUAACUUGAUGAACCAGUGCCUACAUUAUAACGAUAAUGUAAUUAAGUGUCCAAAAAAAUAAUAAAUUAAUUACCAAUUAACUGGCAAAUGUCUUGACAAACGAUGCCAAAUAGUGGAUUUGAAUAUGUACAUCUGGAACCCAAAGGUCAGGUGAUUAUCCACAUUUAAAAAACACACUCUAUGUUUAGUUACAUUGGUUACUGUAUUGUGUUAAUUAGUUUAUUUGUCAAACUUUCUUAUAGAUAAUUAAUGCAGUAGCUUAUGAUUUGUUUGUGUUAAUUAAUGCAGUUAAUAUUAUAUUUAAAAAAAAUGUAAAAAAAAAAAAAAAAAAACUCACAGGCAUCAACUUAGAGAUGCUCAGUGUGAUAAAUAGGCAAUGACCGUGUAUUGUUGUAAUUGUUAAUACGUGUACAAAUAUACAUUAGAAAAAUUGUGUAUUUUUUACGUUAUUGAAUCGAUAGCAAAUCAGUAU